AUGAGUGAGCUGCUUGCUGCGCUGGUUUUCCUCUUGACAGUAAUUCCCGUAAAUCAGGAACUUGUGAGGAAAUUUUCCCUGGGCGUGGAGGCGGAGAUGGAACCCCCUGCCCUUGGGUACAAGGGAACUCUACUUGCUGCUACUGCUUUGAAUGGAGAUGGAGGAAUGUUUCCUGUCGCUCUUUGCAUUUGUGGAACCAAGAAUGAGAGCAAUUGGGAGUGGUUCCUUGAAUGCAUUCAUGACGUAUUGUACAAUUCAGAUGAUCCAUAUACUCCGAAUGAUGAGCUAGUUAUAAUCUCUGAUCGAGACAAAGGACUUCAAAAUUCCAUCAAGAAUUGCUUCCCUUGUUCAUAUCACAGUUAUUGCAUCCGCCAUUUAAUGGCCAAUUAUAAGAACAACUUGUCAAAGAAAAGAUUACCAGCACCACUUAGGGAUGAUUGUGUUCAAAUUAUGAAGAGAGCUGCUUAUGCCUACACAAUGCAUGCUUAUCAUAAUGAAUGUAAUGAGCUCCAGAAUAAGUCAUCUAUUGCUUUCAUUGAAAUGCUGAAUAUGAGCCCACAGAACUGGGCUAAUUGUUAUUUUCCUAGAAAGAGGUAUGGGUGGUUAACCUCAAAUCUAGCUGAGUCCUUCAACGCAUGGAUUAAGGAAGCCCGAUUUUUACCGAUAGCGCAGUUGGUUGAUCACAUUCGGGUGAAGAUGAUGAAAAUGAGCUACGAUAGACGUGAGGAAUCCAACAAAUGGACUAAACCAUUUGUUCCUAGUGUAGAGGAGCAUCUUGUCCUAAUCAACGAGGGUGCACGUUGUCUUCAUGUUAAUCCUUCUAUGUCGAUUCUGUAUGAAGUACAUGAUUCCCCAUCUGUUAGAGUGAAUUUGGAGUACCGCACGUGUACUUGUCGCCAAUGGCAAGUUCUUGGACUACCUUGCAAGCAUGCGGCCGCCGUAAUCAGGCACAAAGAUUAG